AUGACUGGCCUUCCUGGUCUCCGUGCUGAGACUGGCAUUGCUACAUGUCUGAUGGAGGACAUGAAGGAGACUAGGAAACAAAAUGGCCAACUAUUCGAGAUCGUCAAUAAGCUGAUCGACCAGAGGAUUAAGGAGGACCGUCAAGAGGUCGAGCAGCCUCCUAGUUGCAGGAGAGAAGAGAAAAAAGAGGGGGCUGCUGUUCCUAUGGGCUCCUCUGAGGACGACGAGACUGAACGUAUGGAAGUGUCGACACAGACGCCUGCAAGAGGAGGAGGACUGGAGAGAAACGAAGAAAGACAGGCCCCGCCGAUGGACAGCUCUCUCGCGCGAGAGAACGCGUUGUUGAAGGAAGCCCUCGAGAGGGAGAGGAGAGAACGCGAGGAAGUGAAGAAGGAGCUCCUGGUGGCCCAAGAAGAUCUACGAGUCGCUCAAGUGUGGUUGCGGCUGGAUCGGGACCAAAUAGAGAACCAGAAGGCAGAAAUCGCUGGACUAUACGAAGCGAUUGAAAGACAUUUAACGUACGAGGGAGAGCUGAGAAAAGAGAACAGGGAACUGAUGGAUCUUCUCUCUCAAACAGAAGGAAAGGGAGCUAAGGAGGAAGAGGACUCACACCAUCAAAAGGAAGAUUUCGAAAGGAAGACAGUCUCCAGUCUUGGAACUGAUGAAGCGAGUGGGCCUCCAGAGGAAUCUGUUGACCUAAAAGUCGAGGUCAGCACAGAUCGCAAGACAAGCGAAGCAGAACUGGAGGAACUUGGAGCCGACGUUGACGACGUACGCUGGCACGGAGGUGAGGACGAUAAUUUGGAGGGACAUGAAAGUCCCAGUCAGCGAGAGAAAAGUCGGGAUAGACUGGAGGGAGAAGAAGAACCCCAAAUAGCCAAAAAGCCCAAAAGACCACUGGUAUCGGUAGAUUGGGAAUUGGUGUGGGAAUGGGAAAUGACAACAUCAGAUGAAAUGACUCUGUCCGAAAGAAGAAAGGUCCUUCUGUUCAUCAGAAAAAUUCUGGCGGGCAUACAAUCCAUACACGCUUUGUGGGACUUGGUUGAGAGGUGCUCCGAUCGCUGGGAAAAAAGGCAGCAGGAGAAGGCGCAGAAGAAGGAAGAGAAGGAGAAAAAGAAGCAGGAAAAGGAGGAAAAGAAGAGGAAAAAGAAGGAAAAGAAGAAGGGCAAGAAGAAGGGCAAGGACAACACUCCGACUCCUGAGCCACCCGCAGUUCCUCCAGAUGCAUACGAUAUGCAGGAUUUGCUCUAUGGACCCCAAGGACUUGGAGAUCUGCCGAGUCAAUAUCAAAGUGUGCCUGACCCUGGAUAUGGGCUUCCUGUUCCAGGCCCUCCAGGUGAAGUACGUGAUCCUGCCCGAAUCCCACAACCUGCAGAUGAAGGAUUUGGCUUUGCUCCAGUCCUACGCCCUGCAGGUGAAGGAUAUCCUCCCAGAGUCCCACGCCCUCCAGGUGAAAGAUAUCCUCCCGGAGUCCCACGUCCUCCAGGUGAAAGAUAUCCUCCCGGAGUCCCACGUCCUCCAGGUGAAGGAUAUCCUCCCGGAGUCCCACGUCCUCCAGGUGAAAGAUAUCCUCCCGGAGUCCCACGCCCUCCAGGUGAAGGAUAUCCUUUCAGAGUCCCACGCCCUCCAGGUGAAGGAUAUCCUCCCGGAGUCCCACGUCCUCCAGGUGAAAGAUAUCCUCCCGGAGUCCCACGCCCUCCAGGUGAAGGAUAUCCUUUCAGAGUCCCACGCCCUCCAGGUGAAGGAACUUUCCCUGCCAGAGUCCCACGCCCUGCAGGUGAAGGAUUUAUACCUUCCGGAGUCCCACGCCCUGCAGGUGAAAGACCUGCACACCAAGAAAACCACCUCCAAAAGAUUAACCUCUUUUGGGAGUGA